GUCCUUUCGCGCUGGCGGUCUCCGCAAGCCCGCCGGUCGCCCGUGAGAGAGGAGAAGAGUGCGGGGUGCUGUCAACCGCACGAUUGCUGAGGGAACCAGGGUGCUCAGAGCGACUGAGUUUACGAUUCUCUUUAUAACCAAGGCAAGGUUUGUCUGCCUUUGGCUCCGACCUUCCUGGCCUUGACCUUGACAGCCGGCAUGGAGGUCAACAAAGGCAUUGCUGCUGCCGUCUUCCUUGCUCUUCCGGGCCUCGGAAGCUAGGCCUACCCAAGAAAUGAGGAUGAACUUGGCAUGUAAGCGCCUGUCUGUCGCCUGAAGAGAAAUUAUAUCUAUAAUAGCUAUAGGACGAUGUCAGACUGCUCGACGCUAAUUAGAAAAUGAUAACAAUUCACUUUCCUCGCUCUCCUCGCCUCUGCCCAGCGGCAGCCUGAGUAACCUGAGAGCGAACCGUCGUCACAGGCGCCUUCGUCCAGCUGGAGUGGGAGAGAGGCAAUGGGAGCAGAGGCGGGAGUUCGAGGUCGCCUGGGGGAAGGGGUCCUCGGUCCGCCUCAGCGCCAACUCUUCAACGGCGACAGUAACGGACCUGGAACCCGGCACCUCCUACUUAUUCACGGUCACCACCGUGGCCGACUCUCGUGAAUUUAAGAGAUCGCUCCAUGUACGGACAGCGUCGCUGAGGCUGCACGAGCUGUGGCGGAACCAGCUGCAGGUGGCGUGGCACUCGGGCUUCAAGAAUCGGAAAGCAGUCCGAAUGGCGUACAAAGUGCAGUGGAAUAUAACAUCCAGAGCACUUUCAAGCAACUACACUUCCAACCAAACCACAUUUGUGAACUCGACUGAGGCUGAAAUACUGCAAAUACCUGUCCCACACUAUGCACGGAUCGCAGUGUGCGUCCAGAUUCGACAGCAGGAGGAUGAAUGGUCCCGGAAGAUAUGCGAUUCUCUAACAACACCGUCUGGAAAGCCAGGAAAAGUAAGAAACCUGACGGUCACUCCAGACGACCGUUCCUUGAGACUGACUUGGGAAGACCCGGGCGACACUCCUCCCACAGGAGAAUUGGACAGGGUGUCAAUAGACGUGAGCAACACAUGCAAAAUGCUGUGGACGUCUAUUGAGCCCAUUCGUAAGUUGAUUAAUGGCUCCGGGAAGUGGGCUUUCACCGUCAGGCAUCUCCAGCCCGAUUCAGACUAUACGAUAGAGGUGAGAGUCUGGAACAAAGGAAGUGCUGGCUCCGACGCUGUGUCACGAAAGGCAAGGACUCUCCCUGGCGUCCCGUCGCCGCCACGCGAUCUCCUUGCCAUUCCCUGGAACACCUCGCAGGUCCUUCUCUCGUGGGCGCCGCCAAUCAGGCCUCAGGGCAUCCUUGUCAACUACACCGUCUUGGUUGAUGGGAAAGUCGACACGUGCGAAGAGGACACGCUCCAAGUGCAUCGGUGCAAGAUAAAAGGCCUCACCCCUGGAGAAAGCUAUCGCACCGAGGUGGCAGCGUGCAACAGACUUCACUGCAACUUAGCGAUUGCAGCAGAGGUCGCCAUGCCAUCCGCAAGAGCCCUCCCAGUGUGGAUCCCGGUCCUGCUGGCCUUCCUUCUUCUCAUCGUCCUCGGAUUUCUGCCCUUCAUGCUGUGGCGAAGCAAGAAAUUGGUGGAUCGUCUGAAUGAAAGAAGACGACCAGGAAAAAAAGCAGUUUUGGCUUCAGAUAAGCCAGCCGAGAACCAGACGCCAAACCCUGAUGUGCAUGUGUACGAUGAUCCAUACACCCUGGGAGUUCUUUACGCACCUCAAGUGAGCCAAACUGAUAGUCCUUUAGGCGAAGAUCAGAGGCAAAACAGUAUCAGUGGGGUUGUCUAUGCCAAUCUACCUGCAAGCACUGAGCAUCAGUAUGCAAAUAUUCAUUAACAUCUACUUGUGUAUUUUCACAUUAACUGGUCACCUGAUGUCACUGGGGGAGAGGAGAGGCUGUUAUCUGUAGACCCUCAUGCUUCCCUUUCAGUAUCCUUUCACAGGUGUGCUUAAUGUAUCAUACUCAACAGUGUGCCAUGCAUUGACUCAACAUGUAGCCAUGUAUAGACUUGUAGGCUGGCAGGUGAUCGAGUUGGGGCAGACGGCGACCCCCUCCAUCUUGGGGUUCACAGUCAGUGUACAUGGUGACUUGGCUGUCUGGAUGAGUAAUCAUGUUUUUAUUGUUUAUUUAUCUUUUGUUUGUUAUUGGCGCAUCCCCAAGUCUCGUCUCCACCCUAUUGGGCAGACCUCAAGCAAGGGGAAGCGAAGCCACAAUCUGUGCCUGUCUACACGCCAUGGUGCAUGAUGUCUCGAGAGUUUUCAUCUCACUCCAGGCUGCACGGGGAAUGCUGUUACCCAAUGGCUGCUCAGUGAAGAGUCCCCUGUAUGAACACUCACUGAUGGAAAGAAUUCCUGAAGGAGGAGCUCUUACUUGCCGUCAGUGUCCUUUACAUCCAGCCAUGCUGAGAGGGAAAAAGGUCUUCUGGAAUAUCGGCCUUGGAUUCGAGAUCUGCACGUAGAACUGACUUUCUUCUAAAACGAUAAAGUAGAAAGGGAUAAGUCAUUAAGAACUUGAAGAAGAUGAGAGACGCGUUGAGUAAAGAGUCAAGAGUUGUUUAUUUAGUUACAGGAGUUGAGUACAUUUACAUGGACAGAGUUCGGCUACAGAAUGCAAAGCAAAACUUGACUGGUCAGGAAGGACCAGAAGGUGACAGCCAGGGACGAUGAAAUGAAGACACUCAGGCACUCCGCUCUGGCACCAAGGGGGACGAAGAAACAUUUUGUCGCCAGGGAUUGUUACAUGGCAUACAGUUUAUCUUUACACUCCCUGUCAAGCCACAUAAUUCUAGCUAAAGAAAGGAAUAUUCAUUGGCCCAAAGAUGCUAAUUAUAUUACUCAGCACUGCCAACCCAUAUGUCUGUAGAUAAAAAUGCUAUAGAGCUUUAAGUGGUACCCUGUUUAUGUUGACUUUUCUGGCUUCUGCUUAACUGAUAUACAUAUAAUACUCAUCAUUAGUAGGGUGACGUGCCUGCUGUGUAGUGAUCUACGCUGAAUGUGUUCUUGCCUAUUUUAGACUUAUAUAUUGUAUGCUAUAGGAAUGGCCAGAGAUGUCAUCUUGAUUUGGCUUACUACUAUGAAAUACUUGUGACUACAUGAUGCUCUUGUGCCAUGGAAGGAAUAGCGUCUAUAUAGGAUUACCAUAGUGUAGCGUGAAAAUCUAAAUGCUUCUUGUAAACUUCGCCCGAUUUUUUUUUAUUUUUUUAUUUUUUGGUACAAGCAGUCGACAUCCUCCCCAGGUGGUGAGGUAGUAGAUGGAAGCUUGUCUUAUGUCCUUCAGUGUGCGUUUUUUGUGUAUGUCUUUGUGUAUGUCUUUGGCUUUGUUAUGCAUUUGCGUUUGGGAAUGUAAAAAGGCAUCUGUGUGGAUUAAAUAAACUAUGGCCCAGUU